AUUCGUCCGUUCGGUCAGGUCUCCGCCCACAGAAUGGUCAUCUAUCCCCUCCACACCGGAAUCGGAUCCGACGUUCAACCAGGAGCGGCAGCGGAGCCCCGGCAUUUGAAACGUAACGGUUACUGUCAAUAGUCCAGAGUUAAGCUCAAACGAUAGUUAUUUAAAAAGUGAUUCGUAUUGGAAAUAAAAAGUGAUUAGUGAUAGAUAGAAUGGCAGAAGCUCGAUACGCAGAAAGACCGUUAUCUCCCGUGAAGAAAAAUAAAAACGGUCAGCUAAUCCAUGAAAAUCAGAAAGUUAUUCUAAUGAAUAUUUACAAAACAUUAAGCCAAGACUAUCCAUACAUGUCGCACGAACAGAAAAUAAAGAAACUAAGCCGAAUGACGGGAUUCGGAAGGACUAGCACCAAGCAGAUUGUAUUAGACUACAUCAGCACUGGUCGAGUGUUAAAAUCAAAUUUCAAAGAACAAACCCGUGGGAUAGAAGAUAAGACCAACGAGUGCGAUAAAAAUGCGAUCCGGCGAAUGAUUCAUGAUUUCUAUCGAAAUAACGAAGUGCCAACAGUGGAUAAAGUUCUAGACGCCGUGAAUGACGACAAAGACCUUCAGGAAUUCAAGCAGCCGAGCUUCUGCAAGUUAUUGCAGAAAUUGAAUUUUUAUAGUAUCAAACGACGUGGCAUUAGCGUCCUGAUAGAGAAUGAAGACCUCAUCGUGUGGCGAAGAAACUAUCUAAGAACAAUUACACAGUACCGGAUGCAGGGUCGGUCGAUUUAUUAUCUGGACGAAAUGUUGGUCAAAGUAGGUGAUGUUCAAAACAAGUUUUCGAUUAACGAUACAAGAAGCGUAAUUCUUCAACAUAUCGGCAGUGCAGCGGGUUUUGUACCUGGUGCGCUAUCAUGCACCGAAUCGAAGAAAUAUCCAGAUGACUACCACGGCGAAUUGUACGAACAUACGUUCCUGAAUUGGUUUAAACGUGUUUUACCGUUGCUUGACGAAAACUGUGUGAUUGUUAUGGACAAUGAUCCACCGCAUUGCAUAAAACAAGAGUUGCUACCAGACACUUUGUGGACGAAAGGAGCCAUCAUAGGGUGGUUACAAAGUAAAGGGGCAGUAGUAGACUAUACAAUGGCGAAGGCUGAACUCCUGCAUAUCGUCGAACUCGAAAAGAAAAAAUUCAAUAGAUACGUGAUUGAAGAACUGGCAAAUAAAGCUAAUAAAAUUGUGCUCAGACUUCCGCCGUAUCACUGUGACAUCAAUCCGAUCGAAAUGGCAUGGUCGAUGAUGAAAGUAUACGUAAAAACCGUUGAUACCUCCGUCAUAUUUAAAGACAUGAAGGCAUUUCUCGAACAAGGAGUUGCUCAAAUAACGGCCCAACACUGGAACAAUUUUGUUAAACACGCAAUAAAUGAAGAAAACAGAUUAUGGGAGAUAGACGACAUCGCAGACAGAGUCCAUGAUAAAAUUCCACUGUUCUCAACUAACGUGAACGCUGAACGAGAUUUCUGGACCGAAGGUAGCGAUUAAUACCAUGCAUUACUUGCCAAUGUUUUCCUUCUUUGGUGUAAUUAUUUGUACAUAUUAUUUAUCCUGUAAAUGACCUCAAAAUUUGAAUACUAAUAAACAAAUUUU